AUGAGUAGCAGCAGUCUUUCUCCUUCAUCGAGUAGAAUGGCAUUAUUAGUCGAUGAAGAAAUGGAGCCGUACGUGAGGAAGAAAAAAAAUGCUGGUGAAUCACGAAGUAAAAUGAUAGGAUUGAACGACGAAGAGCAAAACCUUCUCAGAACUUCCAUCAAUUCCCGUGAAAGACGACGAAUGCAUGAUCUGAACGACGCCCACGAGGAACUUCGUAGCUGUUUACCUUAUGGACAAGAAGCUAACUCACGCAGAUUGAGCAAAAUUAGCACCAUAAUGCUAGCAUCUAACUGGAUUCGUCAAUUAACGAAGGAAAAUCAGAGGCUAAAGUCUGAAGUGGAGGAGUUGCAAAGGUUGAUUUCGCCUUCAGCAUCCACGUCUUCACCUAAGAUGAAGAAUGACAAACUCGGACAAAUCACUAAAUCUAUGAAUGCCUCUGUCAACUUAUGUGAUAAGAAUAAGAUAUCUUCUCAGGAAAAUGUUGUGCCGAAGCCAACCAAUUUAAUUUCGUUAGGUUCUUUGAAUAAUACUUACGGUAACUUGCCGCUGUCAUCUUCUGCGCUUCAAGCUGGAGGUAAUCUUCCUCCACAUAAUGGAACAGCUCUAAUCCCUAUCCUUAAUUUUCCUUUACAUUGUUUAAAAAUGUUUGGCCAACCAUGCUUGUGCAUUGGAUGUGUCAGUUCAGGAACGUCUGUGCCAUCAGCUCCGUCAACCCGUAAAGAUCCUUUUUAA